CCGCUCGCCCCGGUGGUCACUUUUAACGCAGAGCGUCGGCGUCCGGGAGAGGCUCCAGUCGCCCGCCAGCCUCGUAGCUGGGACCCCGGGCCCACCGCCCUCCUCUGCCCGCUCUACUCUCCGCAGCCGGCCCCGCCGCCCUGCCGCCGCCACUGCCCUCGCCCCGGAGCAUGGCGGGCAGCUCCCCGGCCUCCUGGCCCCAGGGCCCGGUGACCUUUGGGGACGUGGCUGUGCACUUCACCCAGGAAGAAGGGGCACGUCUGCACCCUGGGCAGAGGGCCCUGUAUAGAGAUGUGAUGCUGGAGACUUACAGGAACCUGGCCUCCCUGGGAGGUCCAGGAUCCAAACCAGAUCUGAUCUCCCAGCUGGAGCAAGGAAAGGAGCCCUGGGGCUUGGAGAUGCUGGAAACCAAGGAGAGAGAGACCCCAGGAGACCCUGGCACAGAUUCCGAUUGGGGGUCUCUGUGUAAGCAGGUGACUUCGAGGGUGAAAAUGACUCAAGGUGCAGAGCCUGAAGGAGGAGGACCUGAAAGCUGCUCAGGGGGUGAGCCUCCAACACGGGUCUACAGAGAGACCCUUUGUCACGAGGGCAGGUUAGGGAGCCUUGAGAACUUCCUUUCCCAGGAGAGACAACUGCACCGAACGUGCUGGACAAUCUCCAGAGGAGAAGGUUCCCAGGAAGGCGGUAAAUGGGGUCGCAGCCUCUUCCUUAGUCCUCGCCUUGGGGCCCGCGAGAGAAACAUGAAAGCGCAGACAGCCCACACUUGUGAAACGUGCGACAAGAGCUUCAAAUACCUCUCGCGCCUGGUGCGACAUCGGGCCACGCACAGCGGCGAGAAGCCGCACGCGUGCGGGGAGUGCGGCCGCGCAUUCAGCCAGCGCUCGCAUCUGGUGCAGCACCGCAGCGCGCACGCGGGCGAGAAGCCGCACGUCUGCGGGCAGUGCGGCCGCGCCUUCACGCGGCUCUCCACGCUGCACCGCCACCAGCGUGUCCACAGCGGCGAGAAGCCCUUCGUGUGCGAGUGGUGCGGGAAGACCUUCAAUUACAGCACCCUCCUCGCCCAGCACCAGCGCAUCCACACCCGAGAGAGGCCGUUCCAGUGUGCCAGGUGCGGCAAGAGUUUCAUCUGGAAGUCCAGCUUUCGGAAUCAUCAGAAGUCCCACUUGUGCAGCGAUGCGGCUUGGACCUCUGCGAGCUAAGCUCUGGAAGCAGCCACUGGAGGGGAGAAGCUGGGGCUUCUAGGGAAAUGAAGGGCUGAUGCUCCAGGUUGGGCCCCACGGAAGGGUGUCUCUGGGCCAGGGGAGUGUCGCCAGAGUGAGACCGACAGGACGGACUGGGUUGUUCCCCACUCGUGAUUGGUGUGUGCAUUUCAGGUCCUACAACAGGAGGGGCCCAAGCCAGCCCACCUGGGCCAACAGCACCUGGUCACUUGCUGGAUUUGGCAUGGCUGUGGCACCUCCCUGGACAAAGUGGUGCUUUGAAAGUUACUAUUUUCAAGUGCGUCCAGAUUUUAUUUUUGAAACUGAAAACGUAGGUCUUUGUCUUUAUUUGCGACAUAGGUGGAUUCUAAACGCCUUUGCGAUCCAGACAGGCUGUAGGUCUCUCCUCACCCCGCAGCCCUGAGCACCUGGCCAAGGGCCAGGGCAGGGCAGGUCACAUAACCCUCAUCACCUUUCGUUCUGGCUGGUUACUUUCCGAUGCCAGUUGGUUGCAACAGGAUGUGAUUGUUCAUCUUGGGCAGCCCAGCCCUGGCACUGCUCCGCUUGACUGGCUCAGCUUCACGGUCCUGUGCUGACUUUCUGCGUCAGGCAGGCAAUAUGAAACAUUAAGAGUGUGCCUUUCAUUUGAACUGUUCUUUUUUUCAUCCAGUUCUUCCAUACAGAAUGAGUUUGUGUGGUAUGAAUGUUCUCUAUACAAUAAUCACGUUCCAAAAACUAUUCAAACGUGGCGGAACUAAGAUAAAAUGUAUAAAAUAAACCAGUGGUUGUGAAACACGUAAGAUCGAUGUCACAACUAGUUGGCAAAUGGUGCCCAGGCAUCAGGAUCAGGGGGACAGCUGUACCUUUGUGCAGUGUGAUCACGCUCUGAACUCCCGGAGUUCCUGGUAGAUCCCACUAGCACUUCAAGGCUACUGUCACCAUGCUGAGUGACACUCUGAACAUGCUCAGCUAUUUUCUUACAGACAUUAACUGAAUUACAGAAGCAAUACAUGAUCAUUUGAAGAAAU